AUGGCCGACCGAUUCCCAUCUCUGGACGACUUCGAUUCAGGAGCUCAGACCGACAUCAAGGAGGCCGGCUCCCCCUCCGCUGACGACUUCCUCGCCCGCGAACGAGCCCUCCUGGGCGACGACGCCACACAGUUCGCGACCAGCGAAGAUGCGGCCGCCUUCGCAGAGGGCGGCGAUGACGACCUUCUUGGCGGAGGCGAGGCGAGCACCGAGACGGCACAGUUCCAGAGCCAAUUCCCCGACCUGAACAGCGGCAACGAGCAAGUAGCACCCGGCGGCGCGAUCACAGGGCCCUCGGUCAGCUACAACUCGGGCUACGGCGCACAGGUCGAGGACGAGCAGGAGCCAGAGGUCAUCAGGGAGUGGCGCGAGAAGAGAGACGCGGCCAACGCCAAGCGCGCCGAGCAGUUCGCCCAGCAGAAGGCCGAGACCGUCAAGGAGGCACAGCAGAACAUUGACGACUUCUACGAGAACUACAACAACAAGAAGGACAAGGGCAUCGCCCAGACCCAGAAGGACGCCGAGCAGUUCCUCGCCAGCCGCGAGGACACGGUCUCGGGCGGCACGAGCUGGGAGCGCAUCGCUAAGCUGGUCGACAUCAGCGGCAAGGGCCAGAAGGGUGGUGCCAGCGGCUCCGGCAAGGAGCGAUUCCGCGAAAUGCUCAUGACCCUGCGGAAGGACGAGAAGGCUCCCGGAGCCGAGGGCAUCUAA